GAAGAAAAAAAAAUUAUUAUAAAGUGAGAAAAAGAGAGAAAAUAGGCAGAAAACAACAAAAACAUUUCAUACACAACCAAAAGCCUAAACAUUUUCCACUUUUUUUUUUUUUCCUUUUUCUUUUUCUUCCUCCAUUCUCCUCCCCUUUUCCCUCAUCAAAAACCCUUCUUUCUCACUCUUCCCCCUCUUUCUCUCUCAUCCCCUCCAAUCAAAACUCACCCCCUCAAUUCCUCCAUCUUCUUCUUCUUCUUCUUCUUCAUCUUCUCUCUGUUUUGCCAGUUUCAGAGAAGUGGGUUUGUGUGUGUUGUUUUGUAAUUUGUAUUACAUUUCUUAAGAAACCCCAUCAAUGGAAAUCACUUCAUCUUCAACCUCAACAACAAGAUCAUCCCAUGAAAGAGAAACAAACCCUUCUCCUAAUACUUCCCCUAACAGUACCACCAUCAACUCCAAUCCUCCUCCUCCUCCUCCUCCUAAGCUUCUUCCUAGAUCUGAUUCAAAUCCUUAUCCCACAACUUUUGUUCAAGCUGAUACUUCCAAUUUCAAGCAUGUUGUUCAAAUGCUCACUGGCUCAUCGGAAUCUCCCCGGCCACCGCAACACCCACCAACCCCAUCUUCAAAACCUUGUUCUGUUCCUCCUUCUUCUCAAGACCCUUUUCAAUCUUCCAAGAACUUCCCGAUUCCUCCCAUCAAAACCGCCCCUAAGAAACAACAAAGUUUCAAGCUCUAUGAACGAAGAAAUCACCUCAAAAAUAGUCUCAUGAUCAAUACCCUAAUCCCCAAUUUCUCCGGUUCUGGAGCGGCAGCGGGUUUUUCUCCUCGCAACGUUGAGAUUCUCUCUCCUAGUAUCCUUGACUUUCCUUCUCUUGCUCUUAGUCCUGUUACGCCGUUGAAUGAUGACCCGUUGUUUGAUAAAUCGUCGUCGUCCCCGUCGCUAGGAAGCUCGUCGGAGGAAGAGAGAGCGAUUGCUGAAAAGGGGUUUUACUUGCAUCCAUCGCCGAUGAAUACACCUAGAGCCGCUGACCCGCCGCAGCUUCUUUCUCUGUUUCCAGAAACUUCGCCUAGGGUUUCUGGAUCAUCAUCUUCUUCAUAACGAAAUCGAGGGUUUGUUUGUUUGUUUGAUUUGUAGAGAUUUGUAACUUCUUGAUUGAUUUUUCUCCAACCCCAAAUGAAAAGAUGAUCGGUUGAUGAAUCAAUUAACAGGGCUUGGGUUUGGUGAAUUGAUUGAUUCUCUUGAGAUUUGUUGACAAAAAGGAAAAAGAAAUUACAAACAAGAGAAGAGAGAGAUGUUAGUGUUACGAAUUUUCGAUGUACAAUUUGAUGAGAAAAUCCAUUUGGAAAUGGUAAAAAGCCUGAACUGAAUUCAACUUGGAUUUUUGUGUUA